ACGAAAAGCGCUCUCCGAAGACGUCACCCGCGAAGGGCGUCCCUGACGCGAAGGGCCCUCGUCCUCCCUCGAGCGCGGCGAGCGCGAGGGCCGGCGCGUCGUUCAAGGCGUCGAUGGCUGCUGCUGCUGCUGCGGCGGCGGCGGGUGCCGUGAAGGACUCCGGCCAAACCGCGGGGGGACACGGGGGACCGUCCGACGCCGAUGAGAUAUCCGCCGAUGCCCUCGAGGACGAGCUGAGGCGGAACGCGCGUGAGGACGAGGAGAUCCUUCGCGCGUUCCAGGCGAGCGCCCGCGCGGACGAACGAAGGGCCGCGGCGGAGGCGGCGACACAGCUGGCGGGGGCGGAUCGCCGACGCGGACGAGGCGGAAUCCGAGCCGAAUUUUUGGGCGGCGACGAGGACGACGACGACGGACACGAGAUCGUGGGCGAGGACGUCUUCGAGCGCGCCGCCGCCCGCGCGAUGGCGAACAAGGAUACCGGUUCUCCAUCGCGGCGCGCCCCCGCGUCGUCCGAGUCCGCGUCUCAUCAGUCCGCGUUCGACGGUCCGGGUUGGAUCGGCGCGGGCGCCGGGGUUGAUUCGUCGUCCAUCGGCGGGUUCGGUCCGAUGGGACCCCGAUCCAACUCGGCGCACACUUCCGUGCUCGCGGUGGACGGCUCCUCGGACGAGGAGCAGGAGCGCGAGCGCAUCGCCGCGGGCAGGCCCACGCGCGCGCCCGCGUUCGACGACGACGACACGACCGACCCGGACAGCACCGACGCCGACUCCAUCUACGACGUGUUCAAGACGGCGCCGGGUCCGACUCCGGGGCAGGCGGGCAGGCGGGAGGCGACGCUGAGCCGGUUCGCGUCCGCGUCCAACCCAGGGCUCGAUGAGGAGCACGCCGCCGCGAUGGAGCGGCUCAUGGCGACCGGGGGCGGCGGGAUCGGCGGUCGCGACGCCGCUCGCAGCUUAGCCUCCGCCGCGGACGACGACGACGUGGAUCUGCCGGGCGGCGGGACCGGCGGGACCGGCGGGACCGGCGGGACCGGCUUCACGUUCAGCAACGCUCUGCCGGGCAGCGGGAGAGUCGCGGGCGGGGAGAACAACACCGGGACAUCGGUGGACAGGCCCGCCACCGCGCGCGGACGCAGUCGCGGCGGGGUUUCCUUCUCCAACGCGCUCCCGCAGAUACGUUGACGAAUCGGUUCAGACGGUUCAGACACGACGAAUCGGUUCGUUUCGUAACACGUUAGUUUCAUCGGGUUGUUCACAGUUAUACACAUGUUUUUCCAAGCU